AUGUGGACCCCUACCCCGUUUUCCCUUGUCCAUCUUAAAGAUUUCUACUUCCCUCGGGGCAUUCCUAUAGAUUGUCGGUCUGGGGUCAGGAUUGAAACGAAGCGUAGGGGUGACAUUCCCGGCAGAGUAGGGGGAACGACUGGGCAGUCAGAAAACUGCUCACUGUCUCCUAUUUCCCAGUACCGGGUGGGCCCAGCGCUGGAACAGCUCCGGGCGCGAGGGAGCGCGCGGCAGAUCCCGGGGCCCGCUGCCAAGAGUUCGAGGCCUCCCCGAUCCGGAUGUGAUGAAAAGGAGCAACAGAGGGAGAAGUGUUUGAGGAGUGUAGGAGUGGUGGAAGGGGGGAAAGAGAGACAGAGGGGGGCAAAAGUCCUCGUCGGAGAGGAGCUGGCCAGAGUGAGCUGGCUGGAAAGAGGGGGCGGAGUGCGCGAAGUCAGAGCCGCCGCUGCUGCCGCAGUUGCCGCCACUGCGACGUCUGGGCUGAGCCCUAGGGAGGCGGGAGGACGCGCAGGGGCGGCAGCCGCUGUCGUCAGGCCACCGGGGCGAUGCGGCCGCUGCCGGAGCCUCGCUAACUUUCCGGGGCGGAAGAGGAGUCGGAGGAAGGGGCUUUGAGCACGGGGGGGAUGCCGAGAAGCAGUCAGUUCCCUGCACUCAACACCUAGCAGGCCUUCCUCCGUGCGCCCCGCGGGGCGGCGAGCUAGGCUGCGGCGGGCGGGCUCGGUGCAGCGGCCCAUGUCCUGCGCGGGCGAAGCCCUGGCUCCCGGGCCCGCGGGGCCGCAGCGCGCGGCCGAGGCGGGCGGCGGCCGGCUGGGCUCCCCGGCCCAGGAAAAAUGUAAUAAAGACAGUGAAAAAGAUAUAAUUCAAGCUACCAAUGGCCACUUUACACAUGGAGAGACACAAGACCAGACCAUUUGGGAUCCUUCAGGUGGUGAACUCAUCAGAACCCAACCUCAGCGCUUGCCCCAGCUGCAGACUUCAGCACAGGAGGAACCCAGCGAGGAGGAAAUAGUCAAGAUGAAGAACGGAGGCCACACGAGUCUGAGCAACGGAAAUGGAAUUCACCACGGGGCCAAACACACAUCUGCAGAUAAUCGUAAACUCUCAGCUCCUGUUUCCCAAAAAGUGCAUAGAAAAAUUCAGUCCAGCUUGUCUGUAAACAAUGAUAUCAGUAAGAAGAGUAACGUAAAUGCUGUCUUUUCCCAAAAGACAGGUUCUUCACCUGAAGAUUGCUGCGUCCACUGCAUCCUGGCGUGCUUGUUCUGUGAAUUCCUGACCCUCUGCAACAUUGUCCUGGGACAAGCUUCGUGUGGCAUCUGCACCUCGGAAGCCUGCUGCUGCUGCUGUGGCGAUGAAAUGGGGGAGGACUGUAACUGCCCUUGCGACAUGGAUUGUGGCAUCAUGGAUGCCUGUUGUGAAUCGUCGGACUGUUUGGAAAUCUGUAUGGAAUGCUGUGGAAUUUGUUUUCCUUCCUAAAUAUUUAUCUUUUGUUUGUGCUAAAACUGGAAAACUUUUUAAACUUUUCUUUUGAGGGGGAAGGAAAGCACAUGGUAAGAUUCUCAUGAAACAGCUCAGUACUUACACUGUUAACUCCUUAUUUUAAGUAAUCUCUGAAAGGCCUUAUCUCUCACCAAAUCCACAUGUUUAAUAUGUGAAAUUCUAACUACUUUAACUAGUUUUUGAAAAUUCUCAAUGUUACCAGAAAAGAGGGACAGUUUAAGAAACACAGACAUAUAUGUUAAAUGUCUCCUUGUUUUUGUCAAUUUUUCUGUUUCUUCUAACCAUUCUAGGGAGCAUAUUGCUUCAAUAUAUUAAUUCUCAGUGGGUGUUUAAACCGGACCACUUAUUUUUUAUGUUUAUUCUUUAGAGGUUAAAAGUAAGCAUUCUUUACUUUAUAGUAAAUGUUGGGAGACACACCGGCACAAUACCUAUUGACUUCCAGGCUUGGGUCCCUGGCCCCACUUGUUCUUUGGAUGUCCAGUGCUGGCUGUGGCUACUUUCAUCUGGACCUCACAAGGCGGAUGGUAUUCCACUCUCAUCCACAGCGAUGUGCAGUAUAGCAGAGGAAAAAGAUCUAUAGGAAAUGAGUCAUACCAAAAGGUGUACUGAAGAGGGGAUUAUAAGAGAGAAAAUGCAAAAGGCCAUAGGAAUAAACAGGAAAGAACUUACCAGAAGAUCGAGCCAGGCUUCAGGGAGGAUGUGGAAUUUGAGGAGGACUCUAGAUGAGGAAUUCUUCUGCUACUUGAAUGAAUUAUUUUGAUUGAGGACAAAGUUUUAGGUGGAUAGUCUGAACUGUGUGCCCUUAAUCAUUUAAAAUAAAAAUGCUGUUAGCACUUUCUUCUUAGUUGUAGGAAUAUAGCUUUUUUCAAACUAUAAAAUUUAAAUGAACUAAAAGUAUACGUUUUCUUACACAAAAUUUAAAUGUUAUGGUAAAAUUUUGAUAAAAACAAUACCUUAUUAAAAUAGCAAUAUUUUACAAAAAAAAUAGAACACUUGAACUAAUUUC